CUGAAGCGAGACGCCUCGCCAACCAAAGGUCAAGCCAUGCAUCCCCUCUGCCUGCAGAUCUCCUGAUGAUCUCCACGGCCACUUGGGCACUCAAGGCAGAAAGAUGAGCAGCAUCUCCCCCUGUUGUCCAGCUCAGACGAUGCAGCUCUGCACCAUGAGGAAGGCGACACAUCUCCCGCUCUCUGUGAGCUGAUAUCAAGUAGACAGGCACCUUCUGAAGUUUUGUGCAUGCUGUGCGCUUUUUUUUCUUUGCUGCAACAAGAAAAGCCUUUUCUUUUAACCUGGCUUCCUUUGAAGAAGUAACUCAGGAAGCGUCAUGGCCUCUCAAGAGUCUCAAGGACAAACCAACCCCAUCUUUAAGGAUUGCCUCCCUGGUUCUUCCGACAUCCCUGAACAGAAUAAGCCUGUUGAACCAACGAGUCUCUGGAAGCAAACAUCACACACUCAUAACUUGCCACCUGGUCUAGAAUACCUGAACCAGCUGGACCGGAUAAUUAUUCAUCAGCAAGUGGAGCUUCUGGAAGCCAUACUUGGCACAGAGACCUCCAGCAGAUACGAGAUAAAAAACCACUUGGGGCAAAGAGUUUACUUUGCAGUAGAAGAGAACGAGUGUUUUGACCGUAAGGUGUGCUCGCCGCUGAGGUCGCUCACCAUGAGGAUUGCGGAUAACGCGGGCCGGGAGGUGAUCAGGGUGAUCAGACCCUUGAGAUGCAGCAGCUGCUGGUGCCCCUGCUUCCUGCAGGAGUUAGAAGUUCAGUCCCCACCAGGUACAACAGCUGGGUAUGUUGUACAGAACUGGGACCCUUUUCUGCCGAAGUUUACUAUACAGAAUCAAAGUAAAGAAGAUGUACUAAAAAUAAUUGGCCCAUAUGCAACCUGUGGCUGUUUUGAAGAUGUUGACUUUGAGGUAAAAGCUCUCAAUGAGAUGACAACGAUUGGCAAAAUUUCCAAGUUCUGGUCUGGGUUUGUAAACAACGUCUUUACCAACACUGCCAACUUCGGGAUCCAAGUCCCUGUGGAUCUUGAUGUGAGAAUGAAGGCAGUAAUGAUUGGUGCUUGUUUCCUCAUUGACUUAAUGUUCUUUGAAAACUCUUUGGAUGGAUUAUAACAAGAUGACAGAAACAAUGAAAUAUGCAGAAUGUGUUUCAGGAGGUAGAAAUGAACAUAAAUUGAUCCUCUUGCUUUGAAGACUUACACAUUAGAUACUUCCUAAUUCUUUUUCAUUUUCCUCCAGAAAUCACUUGAGCUUUGGACAUGAUUUUGAACUGCAAAAAUCCUUGUUCCUUAUAGGAAAAGACAGGGAGCUAAUGAUGAUGUUUAUUAAAAUAUGUCUCCCGUAAAUAACAAUUUGCCACUUACA